GCAAUAGAGAAAAGACCAACGCGCAGUGUUCAGUAAAACUGAGAGCAUUUUGUGGCAGAAAGUAGUUGGGUGCAAAAGUCCCGUUCGUGAAUUUCGUGAUUUCUCUGUGAAUUGUAGGAUAUUCAAAAAUAAGCAUAAAAACGUACAACAUGAAGUUACUAACCCAAUCGACCCUGGUGGUCGUACUGGCCGUGUUGGCCUGUUCGGCGGAGGAAAAGAAAGAGAAGGACAAAGACAUCGGCACAGUGGUCGGUAUCGAUCUGGGCACGACGUACUCCUGCGUCGGUGUGUACAAAAACGGCCGUGUAGAAAUCAUCGCCAACGAUCAGGGUAACCGUAUUACGCCCUCCUACGUGGCAUUCACCGCCGACGGAGAACGUCUGAUCGGUGACGCGGCCAAGAACCAGUUGACGACGAAUCCCGAAAACACGGUGUUCGACGCAAAGCGACUGAUCGGUCGCGAGUUCACGGAUCACACCGUCCAGCACGACAUUAAGCUGCUGCCGUUCAAGGUGAUCGAAAAGAACUCGAAGCCCCACAUCAAGGUGUCCACUGGCCAGGGCGACAAGGUGUUCGCUCCGGAAGAAAUCUCCGCCAUGGUGCUGGGCAAGAUGAAGGAAACGGCCGAGGCGUAUCUGGGUAAGAAGGUGACACACGCCGUGGUCACGGUGCCGGCUUACUUCAACGAUGCCCAACGUCAAGCGACAAAGGAUGCCGGAACGAUCGCAGGAUUGGUGGUGAUGCGUAUCAUCAACGAACCGACAGCGGCGGCCAUUGCAUACGGUCUGGACAAGAAGGACGGCGAGAAGAACGUGCUGGUGUUCGAUCUGGGCGGUGGUACCUUCGACGUGUCGCUCCUUACCAUCGAUAACGGUGUGUUCGAGGUGGUGGCCACGAACGGAGACACCCAUCUGGGCGGUGAAGAUUUCGAUCAGCGCGUCAUGGAUCACUUCAUCAAGAUGUACAAGAAAAAGAAGGGCAAGGACAUCCGCAAAGAUAACCGCGCUGUGCAGAAGCUGCGUCGUGAGGUAGAAAAGGCGAAACGUGCCCUUUCCGCUAGCCACCAGGUUCGCAUCGAAAUCGAAUCGUUCUUCGAGGGUGACGACUUCAGCGAGACGCUGACCCGUGCCAAGUUCGAGGAGCUGAACAUGGAUCUCUUCCGCUCGACGAUGAAACCCGUACAGAAGGUGCUCGAGGAUGCCGAUAUGAACAAGAAGGACGUCGAUGAGAUCGUGCUGGUCGGUGGAUCGACUCGUAUCCCCAAGGUGCAGCAGCUGGUGAAGGAAUUCUUCAAUGGCAAGGAACCGUCCCGUGGUAUCAAUCCCGACGAGGCCGUCGCGUACGGUGCUGCCGUCCAGGCUGGUGUACUUUCCGGUGAACAGGAUACGGACGCGAUCGUGCUACUCGACGUUAACCCUCUGACCAUGGGUAUUGAAACUGUCGGUGGAGUGAUGACGAAGCUGAUUCCGCGCAACACCGUUAUCCCGACGAAGAAGUCCCAGAUCUUCUCGACCGCCUCGGACAACCAGCACACCGUGACGAUCCAGGUGUACGAGGGCGAGCGUCCCAUGACGAAGGACAACCACUUGCUCGGAAAGUUCGACCUGACCGGCAUCCCACCGGCACCGCGUGGUAUUCCGCAGAUCGAAGUAUCCUUCGAGAUCGACGCCAACGGUAUCCUGCAAGUGUCGGCCGAGGAUAAGGGCACGGGCAACCGUGAGAAGAUCGUCAUUACCAACGACCAGAACCGUCUGACGCCGGAUGACAUCGAUCGCAUGAUCAAGGAUGCGGAACGCUUUGCCGACGACGACAAGAAGCUGAAGGAGCGCGUGGAGGCACGUAACGAGCUCGAAAGCUACGCGUACAGCCUGAAGAACCAGCUCAGCUCGAAGGACAAGCUCGGUGCGAGCGUGUCGGACGACGACAAGGCGAAGAUGGAGGAGGCGAUCGACGAGAAGAUCAAGUGGUUGGACGAAAACCAGGACACUGAGGCGGAGGAGUACAAGAAGCAGAAGAAGGAGCUGGAGGACAUUGUGCAGCCGAUCAUUGCCAAGCUGUACGCCAGCAGUGGAGGAGCCCCACCACCAUCGGCCGGAGGCGAAGAGGACGAUGAGCUGAAGGAUGAGCUGUAAGUGGACGAGCGAUGAUGCACCACAACCAGCAAGAGGCGCCUUCCACAACGAUGCCUUUCGUGAGAAAAGCACGUCCAAUCGCCUUUCACUCAGUAGUCCGCUGAACCGGUGCGAAGAUCCUUAUCAUCGUAGCCGUCGGAGGGCUUUCUUCAUAGUAAUCGACCUCAUCAGCAACCAUUAUCAGCGUUAAAAAGAAAGGGGAGAUUAGGUUCGUUAUCAUUCCUUCUUCAUGCGCAGUGCGUCCGAAGGAGGGGCUGGAAAAUCCAUCGAUCGAAUCGGUCGCAUUUUCUUUCUCUCUUCUCGUUUUCACUCGAGAUAGAGGCACAGAAAAUACGACCGAUGCGAUACGGUCUUUGCGGAGGUUCAUCUUAUUUUCUAGAUGAGUGCUUCUCCCAAAGGCGCAAUUUUCCAGAUACACGAGGGAGAAUUACACGAUGUUCCACAGUAAACAAAACCGUCAAUCCAAAAGGAAAGGAGUAUGGUACGGCUUUGCGCUUGGGUUCGUAUGUUUGUUUAGUUUGUUCGCGGUGUAGAGAGAGAUGUAAAAAUAUUUUCAAACGUUUAUUUAUUGUGCAAAUAGCGGAAGCAAUGCUAGGUUCUAGGGAAUGUCGAAGAUGAGCUAGAAGAUAUUGGGAGUCCAACACAAAUGGUAGAGGAUCUCAGAGGUAGUUUUUGUUUUCCUUCUCUUCACUUUAACGGAAUUCGUUUCGAAAGUGUACGUAGAUUGUGCGCGCCUAAGCUAUAGAAGUUUGCCGGCGAUGUGCAUAAGAGA